CCAAGUCUGCUAGUCAAUGUGUUGGUGUAUGUUUCUUUCUUGACUUCACUGCUCUGCUGAGCUCUGUUGAACCAGACAGAAAUACCACAAGUGAGAUUUAGGACUGACUGGAAACGUUUUACAGGUGGUCUAUUGUGUUGAGAACCCAUGGUAAGUGUGUGUGAUCCAGAGAGGCCUGGACAGGCUGUGGAGUCGUCUCUGGCCAGCUGGCCAGGCAGAGUGGAGGAGGAGGAAGAGGACUUUGACUGUCCAAUAUGCCAGGAAGUCCUGAAAAACCCCAUUAGAACGAAAUGCUGCAAGCAUGUCUUCUGUCGCGAAUGUUUCCGCUCAGCUGUGAGGGCCCAGGGGCCCCACUGUCCCAUGUGUAGGGGCCCCGUGUCAGAGACGGAGAAGAGGGCAAGGGACAUCGUGCAGAAGAUGAGGGAGAGACAGGGCCGGUGCAGGUCCUGUGGUGCUCAGAAAUUUCUUAGCAAGAUGAGGAAUCACUACAAAAAAUGCAAGACGUACCAGGAGGAGUACGGCAUCUCUGAUAGCACACCCCUGCCGGCCCGCCUUGCCCCCCCAGCUCCUCUGCCCCCCACGACACCCCAGGAGACCGGCGCUGGAACCAUAGACCCCAUGCACAGGACAUGGCCAGAAGUGAUUCCUCUGGGGCAGGGAGGGGCGUACACCUGUCCAUACUGCCCCCUGCAGGCCCUGACAGACAUGGCACUGGUCCAGCACUGCUUGAGCUGCCACAGAGGAGAAAGCUCUCCCAGGGUGUGUCCUAUCUGUGUGAGAACAGCCUGGGGGGAUACCGGAUACCACAGCCGCAACCUCAUAGGUCACCUGGCCUUGCGUCACCGGUUCAGCUAUGACAACUAUGUGAAUGUGUCGGAGGAUGAGGAGAGUCAUCUUUACUGUGCUAUUCAGCAGUCUGUGCUGACCAGCCUGGAUUGGAUCAUGAGACCUUGAGCUAUACAAACUGCCCUCCGUAGAACGGACCCCUGCUGAAAAGACCAUCAGAUGUCAUCAAAUGCAUCUAGCCAGACAGAUCAACGUACUCGAAACAUCUAACUGACCCUUCUCAGUUCGCCUACGCAGUAGAAAUUCACACAAACUUCUCACUUCUCUCUACUUAGGCACAUUUUAAGGAGAAUUGAUAAGAAGUAAGCCAAAAAUUAGGUAGCCAACUGUGUUAUUAGGAAUCUCAAAAUAUUGUCCUUCCGUUAUGUUAGUUGGGGUAAUUUUCCUGACAAGCCACUGACAGUCUGUUGUCGCCAAAGUGAAACAUACGCCACAUACAACACCAGCAGGCCUAUUGCCAACGCAACAUCUGGAGAAAAGACCUGACCUUGAAAGUGAGUGAUCAGUAACUACUCUGCCUUCUCCUUUAAGAUGUCCAGAAAGGUCACAAGCAACAAUGUGUAAUGACAAUCUCACAAUAUUGGUGCACAUCAGAGUGUUACCUUCCUCCUGUGACCAGGACUUGAGCAAAUAUUGGCAGGCUAUCAAAGACGAAUGAACUGAACGGGGUUAAGUCCAGAAAGGUCACAAGGUCCAGAUUACCCUCUGCUGUUUGUAUUGUCAUAGGAGACACUU